CGAUCGGCCACCAUAGGCAUAGUACUGCAUAAAAUUGGAAUUGCUUUUAAUAAUCACUGAAUCAUCAAUCAUGACAUGAAUAAAACGGACAUAUUCUGGAAUAAUGCAUUUAUUUUUUUCAAAAAUCGAACCCCCUGCAGACAUCAGUCAAAGAUUAACUAAUUAACAUAUUUUGCACUCAUCGCGAAAUAUGCGCAAUCACUUCAAAAUAAAUAUAACGCACUCAGCAGUCUCAAACCAUGAAGACGCUUUCGACAAGAUCUUCGCCGGUUAUUUUAUUGCCGAACGAUGGACAAAAACAAACGAAUGAUCAAAAUGAAGCCAAUCACAGAGAUAACGAAAGGCACUGGGCAUGGCUUCGACCGAAUUCUAUUGAACAAGAACGCGUUAACGUUCCAAGUUCGCGACCAUUACAAGCGAAACGAAGAUAUUGUUAUGAGAACGGAAAAUGCCUGCUAACUGUUGCUCUAUUCGGAAUUAUCUCGAUGGCAAUGAAUUGUGUUGUUUGGUAUCUUGUGCUUGGCGUAGAUCACAAAUGUCAGUGUUUAUUUGACAAUGAAUACAUUAGAGGUAAUGUCUUGCCUUUUUAUGCUUUUACAUUUGAUGAAUUUCGAUCAAGGCACUAUCUUUACUGCUUGAAAGUCCGUGUUGUAUAAGUACACAGAUAAAAUUACACAGACAAAAGUUAAUAAAGUUACACAGACACGAGCCAAAGGCGAGUCGUUUUAUCAUCUUGAUGAAAACGUUCGUAUUCUUCAAAUUAUUUCAAAGACAUGAAUGGUAUUUGGUGAGAAAAAUGGACUUUGUAUCCUUCACGGUCAUGAUUUCCUUUGACUUUGUGUUUUCAUUGACCCUGCAGGACUUUAUUUGUGACUAUUUCAAGGCAAAUUUAAUAGCCAAAGUAAUCUAUUUUUACCAGUUGUCUUAACACCUACAGCAUACGUUAACAUAAGCAUUUAAAUUUUGCUAUCACAGGUCCGGGGUGUUAUUAUGAUGACUAUCAAACUGCAAAAUAAAAUCGGUGUGAGAUUGGUUAAACAAUGUUAAAUUGCAUCAAAUUGUCAUAAUAUGCCUCUUUUCUUUGUAUAGGGCAUUCCAUUGGCGAAAACUUCACUGACGUUUUGCACGAUUGGAAGGCAAAGUUACAACAAGACAUCACAGAUUUGAGCAGCAAAAUGGUUAGUUUCUUAACUGAGUGCUUUAUUCCCGAAGAGUUAACAAGACACACAGGCAAGGGUUAACAAGACAUGCUCUGAAUAACACAUUGAGUGCCAACACUCUUUUCUUCAUGAGUAAAAUCGUCUGUCAUUAGACGGAGGAAAAUAAUGAAGUAGGGCACAUUAGGUUGCAAUGUCACCUAACUCACCUUAAAGGUUCACAAGAUGCAUGGGCAUGAUUAACCACUGAGUCAGUGAGUGUGAGCACUCUCUUUUUGAUGAGUAAAAUCAUCUGGUGUCAGACGGAGUAAAAUUACAAAAUUACCAAGUAGGAUGCAUUGGGUAGGACGCAAGGCCACCCCAAAGGUUGACAAGACACAUGUUUGUAAAAUUGUCAGGCUUUAGACAGAACAAAAUCGUCUGGCAUUAGAGAGAUUAAAAUAAAAAAGUUAGGGUGCAUUAGGCCACAAUGCCACUUAAAUUAUUAAAUAUAUUCCUGGUUGAUACCAACAUAUCAUUAUACCAUGGUCUUUUGCAGCCCUGAUGCAGGCUCAAGUGCAUUACUUGCAGAGAUAGUGAAUUUUCAAAAUUUUCUUUUCAGGAUAAUUUUUCGAAAACUCUAAAUGACGAACAUCAAUGUGAUGGAGGCAGCAAAAACUGCAGGAAAAAGUCGGUAGGUUAUUCUUAAUUGUUUUUGUUUGUGGAAACACCACGUAAAUUUAUUACUCUUAAUCAGAAAAAAUACUGCUGAUUUCACUCUUCAGGCAUUUUUUAAUACCAUGGACUGGUGGGGCAGUUGCCCCACUGGGCCCCUUCCUCUGCCCCACCACUGAAGGGCCUAUUGCCCCAAAGCCAGGGCCCUAAGACCUGUAUUGAGUAAAUGAGUUUAACAUUGAAAGUUUAAAAGACAAAAUUUUUUGUUGAGCAUAUACUUACACUAAAUAUGUUGUGUUUGAAUGUUUAUAUAAUGCAAUUUAUUACAAAUUUCACCAUUAAAACUUUGUUUUGAAAAGCUGAGAUUUUUACCCCACCACUGAAGAAUCUUAAAAAAUGCACUGUCCCUGUUAAUUUCAUUGCAAAGUAUGCAUUGUUCUCUACAAACCCCUGGAAGACCCUCAAUAUACAUGCUUCAUACUGUUAUACCCUUAUUUUCGUUUAGCCAAAGUAUUUUUGAUCUUGCUGAUAUUAUGUAGUACGAUUUUUAGGAUGACGGAUAUCCUGAUGCAUAUUAUAAAGAAAUAGCUGAAACAUUAGAAAAACUUUAUAACGUAAGUCAAAAUUAUUUCAACAGAAAUAUUUUUUAAAUAUCAGUUCUAAACUGUCACUUGUAAAUGUCAAGUAAGAGCGCAAAAGCAAUCGUAUGCUUAUCUUUCUAGCAAACAGAAGAAGAUAUUGCAAGACGAUUUCAACAAACGAAUGCUAAGGUUAUUAUAUUAUUUAUAAAAAAUCUUUAUUUAGAAAAUGUAGGUAAUUACUUAUUAUUAAUUAGCUAAUUAAUGUUAAUUAUUAGUCGUGUUUAAUUGUUUCAUUCAGUUCUCACAGUUUAACCUGUAUGGUUAUUACAUGGUUUUAUUUUGAAGGUUGAGAGAAUCAGUGAACAGGUUGAAAAACCUAACUGUGUAUUGAAACAAGUAAAACGAAGCAAAAAUGGCACGUUGCUCACAGUACAUGUGCCAAAAAGCACUGAGGUAUUAUUAGUCUUAUUAGUCAAAAUCAUUUAAUGUCGGCAACAAAACUGUGCGUUAUGUUACAGA